AUGACUGAGGUCGGGUACGCCGACUUGUCAAGGAUCCUCCAAUCCAGGCGCAAUGAGUGCAGUGCAAUCGUGACAUCGCGAAAGCGCAAGCUGCGCGAGCUUUUCGCGGUCGCAUCCCAGGUCGACCCUCUACCCGACGAUGGCUUCGCCAACCCCGACGCGCCGGCCGCCACACCAGCGGAAUGGCAGUUCCUACAAGCCAGCGACAUUCUCCAGGGCAAGGCAUUAAACGAGCUCAAUAUUCCUUCAAGACCCCGAAUGUCACUGGAGAGGAUGAAGCGACUCGUAGCCGAGUCUGUAAGCGCUGCGACUGGCUGUGCCUUGCUGGAUGCACCAGGCUCCAUCGCCCGGAAGGAUUCAUCAGAGGUCCGAGGCGAAGCACAGACUCCCGACGCAGCGUUGGCGAAGAAUGCACCGGUCGUUGCUACUGCCGGAGAGAGUCUGUCGCCUGCGAGUCUCGCGACGCCGACUCCGAUGACCCAGCCACGAGAACCGUCUCUCCCUGUUACGCCCGACCGACCUGCUGAAGCCGCCCCGAAGCCCGCUGCGACCUCCAAACCCCCGACAAAAGAUGCCGGCGAUGCAGCGACGCCCAGACCCAACGGCGAACCGAACGGGGUGGCAAAGGGGGACAGCGCCACGAAGCGGCACACGCAAGUCAAGUUUCCUCCAGGGACGAAAGGGUCGCCUUCGGAAGACGCAGCCAGCAAUGCACCCACGAGCUUGCACUCUGGUGAUGCAAGUGUGAACGGUGCGCUCGACGUCGAAGCUAUCAAUGCUGCCGCCAAGGACAACGGACCACUCUCCAUCAAGCUCCCUGCAGACCCUCCCCGAGUUCCCGACGCCGUGUCAACCCCUGGCUCGACAGCUCCCAGUGCGGCGACUCCCGCUGUGCACGACGCAUCUACAGAUACUAGUCCAGAACGGGACGGUCCUCGCUAUUCCGAUGUGGUCGGGAGAAAGGGAUCUGCUGCGGGUAACGAAGCCGGAAGCCCGGCGAGUGUCACAGAUGUCCAGGACCAAGGAUCAAUUCGCACCUCCGAAGAGAUCACGCACGCAGACAUGGGUCGACUUGCCGUCACCAAGGAUAUCCCGAAGUCAACCCCUACCUUGAGCGAGCCGGAACGUCAUUCAUCUUCCUCGGCUGUCCGCCCUCCCUCGACUGAGGUGCCAGACAGCCAUGAAGAGACUCCAGAUGCGAUGGACUUAGACGCCCACGAAGUCAAGCCCGAGGUACUCGAGCAGGCAAUCCUGUCUCCUAAUCCACAGCCCAGGGAACAGGCACAAAACUCGGAGCGUCCCGUGACCCGUGUGUCGUCUGGUGCUAUGCGGCUCAAAUCUGUCACCGAGAUUCUUACCCCAGUCACUUCGACCCCCCAAUCUCCGGCCUCUCGAGCCAGACACUCCGGCACGGCAAGAAGAGAUAGGGUCAAGAACCAUGCGUCGACGGUACUGUUCGGGAAGCAGCCCAAGCGGGUUGAUGACAAGGCCUUGGUUCCUGGCCACAAAGAGACGUUUCAAGCAUCCGACGACUACUACACUCCUCUUUUCGUGCAGAACUUUACUGGAUCAUCAAAAUGGAUGCAGCCUUUGGAAAGGAUCCUCUUCCAGGCAAACAAGACCAUUUCCACACCGGACGCCCACCUCGUGAUACAGGACCACCAGGCUUGCAGAGUCCUCAGGAGGGUGUAUCACCUGCAGCAGCACGACAAGUGGUCCUUACGACAGCCCAAACGCUGUCCGGAACCGACACGGCCACCUUCCCACUGGGACUUGCUGCUGCAAGAGAUGAAGUGGAUGCGCACCGACUUCCGCGAGGAGCGGAAAUGGAAAAGGGCGGUUGCGCGAAACCUGGCCUAUGCUUGUGCGGAAUGGCAUGAAGCCAGCCCUGAGGAACGCAAGUAUCUACAGGUCGAAGCUGCGAUUCCGCUCAAGGCACAAGUCGCCGAGCAAGACACGCCCAUGGUCGACGUGGGUGAGGGCGGCCUCGAGAACCAGCCUACGCCGGAUCUCGUGUCAUCUGGCGACGUCGAGUCACCGAGGAAUGUCGACGACCUCGUCGAGGACUUUGUCGAAACGGUGGCCCCGUCUGCAAUAUUUGCCCUCCAGGAGGGCGAUGUCGUGUUUGGGCUGCGAAGGACAGCAGCCUCGGACAAGCUGCUGGAGGAGCUGCCGAUGUACGGGUCACCUUUGAAGGUACCAAAGUCCGACAUGUCGAGUCACGAGUUCGAUCCAGAUGCGCACUGGCGACGUCUGGCUUUGCCUUUGAGCAAGUACGUCGAGGGAGAGAUGAAGCUGGCAGCCAAUCGCCCUCCACAAAAGCGCAGUCGUUAUGACUAUGAGAACGAGGACGAUGAUGACGACGACAAGAACGGACAGUUUGUUCGGGACCAGCUGGUGCACAGUGUCAAGCUGCCUCCACAAACCGGCGAGGUCGCCUUGUUCAACCCCGAGUCGAAACACAUACGCGAUCGCCUCCACGCAGGUCACCAGUUCCGGCCUCCAUCCGAACACACCAUGCCUACUCAAAGCUUCUACGAAUCUCGCAGCCCCUCUCAAUGGACAGUGGCUGAAGACGACGAGCUUCGCGGGCUCGUGCGGGAGUACUCGUACAACUGGUCUCUCAUCUCAAGCAUGCUGUCAACCAAGUCCUCUUUUGCGGCGGGUGCCGAGAGGCGGACGCCGUGGGAGUGUUUCGAGCGUUGGAUCAACCUCGAGGGCCUCCCGGCCGAUAUGCAAAAGACGCAGUACUUCAAGGCGUACAACAGCAGGAUCGAGGCCGCGCAGCGCGUCAUUGCCCAGCAGAACCAACUGGCUGCACAGCAAGCCAGUGCCUCUGGUGGUGCCGUCACACCGAUACGCCGGCGGCCCUCCAUCCCUCUUAGAGUGGAGAGGCGCCGCAACCAGAAGCACCUGACUAUGCUCGAUGCUAUGAGAAAGCUUGCAAAGAAGCGAGAGACUGCGAUCCAGAAGCAACAGCACUCUGCCUCGCAGAACAGCGCCAACAAGAAGACUAACGACGCCAUGUCCCAGAGACCGGCCAAGACACCUAGGGAUUACAGCCUCAUGCGCUGGGAAAGGGACCAGGCUUUGGCAGAAAAGAUGGCGCAGUACGCGCAACGUCAAGAGGCACAGCGACGAGCCGCCAUGCAGGCCCGAGUACAAGCCCAGGCUGCUCAGGCCACCGGAGCCCCCGGGGCCGGCAUGCCUGGCCAGAACGCAAACCAUCCUGGUGCCAACCCCAGUAUGAACGGGGCUGCUCGUCCCAUGUCCAGCCAGCUCGCCGCUGCCGCUGCUGCGGUCGCGGCCGGCCAGAACCGGCCACGCAUGCCGAUGCAGGCUCCCGCAAAUGGAGUCGCCCCCACGCAGAUGGACGGUACACCACAGACGCAGGUGCAGGCCACGCAAGGACAGCAUAGGUUGGCGAUGCCUAAUCAGCAGCCGGACGCCAGCUUGAUGCUGCGAGCUCAACGAAUCUCAGAGCAGCAGCGCGCCGCCCAGCAGCAGCAGCAGCAGCAGGGCAAUCCCGGCACCCCUGGCGGGGCGAGUCAACACAAUUCGCCGCCACUGCGGAACGGUAUCAACGGCCUCAGCCAGCAGACCUUUAUGAACAACGCGCAGGCAAUGAUGGCUUCGUACGCUGCUGCGGCCACCAACGGAAACAGUGUUGGUGCGACACAGGCGAACGGCCUCCACAUGCCGUCCGCGGCCACCACCCCUUCCCCUGGACAGCGUGCGCAUCCGCAGCUCCCCCCGGCAAUCGCUGUGCAGCUCAGCCACAUGGAAACGAAUUUCCGGGCCAAGAACCCAAACUUGACCUCGGAGCAGGCGCGGCAGCUCGCGACGGAGCACCUCACGCGGGCCAUGAUGGCGCAGCGGCAAAACGCCAUGAAUGCUGCGGCGGGCUCACCUGGCCAGGCCGGCAUUGCCAGCAGCAUUGCUGGAACGACAAGCCCACACCAGUAUGCGGCGCUGCUUCGGCAACAGCAGCAGCAGCAGCAGCAACAGCAGGGUCAACAACCACCCAAGGCCCAGCAGCAUCAGCAGCAGCGUCAGCAGGUACCUCAACAGAAGCCGCCGGCGCCAACGCCCCCGCAGCAACAGCAGCCGCAGUUUCAGCAACACGUUGCCACAAAGGGGAGCACCCCCGUGCCUCCUGUGGCUACUCCGGUCGCUGCAUCUGCGAGCCCGGUGCAGUCUCAACAACGCGCACCCAGCGGCAGUGCGACGCCUUCGGCCGUGGGCAAGUAG